AUGCCCACACCGGACGACCUCAUCUGCAGCCAGCAGCGGGACCUGCUGGCUCCACAUGCCAGAGACCCAUCCCUGGCGUCCCUCAGCCCUCCUGGUCGGGCUGACCCUGCCCUGAGGACCCACAGCCUCACAGCCCAAGAGCCGGAUGCUGCCCUCCGACCUCCUUCUGCCGGCCUCCUCCAGGGCCCUACCUCCAUCCCGGGAUCCAGAGGACAGGGCUGCGACCUGAGUCUCACCGUCACAGGGGGCCGCGGGGGCGCGCGGGGCGGAGGGGCGCGGGGCCCACGCCCGACGCCCUGCCUCACCCGCCCGCUCGCGCGCGCCAGGGACAUCUCGCCGCUCCUGAAGGACCCCGCCGCCUUCCGCGCGUGCAUCAGCCUCCUGGCGCGCCACCUGAGACAGACGCACGGCGGCGACAUCGACUACGUCGUGGGCCUGGACUCCCGAGGCUUUCUGUUCGGCCCAUCCCUGGCCCAGGAGCUUGGCUUGGGCUGCGUGCUCAUCCGAAAACGAGGGAAGCUGCCCGGCCCCACUGUGUCUGCCUCAUACACCCUGGAGUACGGCAAGGCGGAGCUGGAAAUCCAGACAGACGCCUUGGAGCCGGGGCAGAAGGUGGUCGUCGUGGACGAUCUGCUGGCCACUGGCGGAACCAUGCGGGCGGCCUGUGAGCUGCUGGGCCAGCUGCAGGCCGAGGUGCUGGAGUGCGUGAGCCUGGUGGAGCUGACGUCGCUCAAGGGCCGGGAGAAGCUGGCGCCGGUGCCCUUCUUCUCCCUCCUGCAGUUCGAGUGACGCCCGCCGCGGCCGCCAGGGGGCGCCGGCCACCUGCCUGGACUUUUUU